AAAAAAAAAAAAAAAAAAAAAAAAAAAAAAAAGGUCAAACAGAUGGAUGGUAAGGAAGCUUUGACUAAAAAUAAUGGUGAAACACAUGGAAAUAACUAUGGAAGUAGUGAAGAAGAACACAAAAAGAUAUUGCAAAUGAGAGAUUUGGUCGAAAAACAAGAUCCUGCAGCCAAGGAGUACGAUGAUUUGACAAUUAGAAGGUUUCUUCGUGCUCGUGAUCUGGACAUAGACAAAGCCAGUGCUAUGUUUCUGAAGUACCUGAAAUGGAGACGGACAUUUGUUCCAAGUGGUUCCAUCUCUGUGACAGAAAUACCAAACCACAUAGCUCAAAACAAGUUGUUCAUGCAAGGAACAGAUAAAUCUGGACGGCUGAUAACUCUCGUAUUUGGUGGCAGACAUUACCCAGAGAAAGUAGGAGGUCUGGAAGAGUUCAAACGUUAUGUGGUCUUCACUCUUGAAAGAAUAUUGUCAAGGAUGCCUGCUGGCAAGGAAAAGUUUGUGGCUAUUGCAGAUAUCAAAGGGUGGGGAUAUACAAACAGUGACUACCGUGGAUAUCUUGCUGCACUCUCUAUAUUGCAGGAUUACUAUCCAGAACGACUUGGAAAAAUGUUCGUUGUGAAUGUUCCGUAUGUAUUUAUGGCAGCAUGGAAGAUGAUUUAUCCUUUUAUUGAUGAAAAAACAAAGAAAAAGAUCGUCUUUGUUGAUAGUAAACACCUGACAUCUACACUUCUGAAAGACAUAGACGAGAGCCAACUUCCAGAUAUAUAUGGAGGCAAAAUGAAAUUGGUUCCAAUCCAAGAUAGCUAAUUUAGGCAACAGUCUACUCUUGCUAGUAUUGUUCCCUUCUCCUAAGAUCAUUAUGCACCAUAAAUGGUUGCGAGAAAUGCCUGUUUUUGACAUGUAUAAUGUAAUGAAAUUUCACUAGUAUCUAAACUUUUGCUUGAAGGUGA